AUGACCACUCCAGAAACGACUCAAAGUCCACCAGCGGGCCGAACAUGGCGCAACUACUUUCCUGACGGUGACCUUUGGGUAUUUGGCUAUGGGAGUCUCAUUUGGAAACCACCACCACACUAUGACCAACGAAUCCCAGGCUAUAUCGACGGCUAUGUCCGACGCUUCUGGCAGGCCAGCACCGACCAUCGCGGCACCCCGGAAGCCCCAGGUCGUGUGGUAACAGUCAUAGAACGGGGGUUCUGGGAAACCCUAGAUGACCCGCACGCACAUCUUGAAUCCUCAACAGCCCGCGUCUGGGGCGCAGCAUACCACAUCCCCGCCUCCCAUGCCGAGGAAGUCCACGACUACCUCGACGACCGGGAAAUAGACGGCUACACCGUCCACUACACCCCCUUUCAUCCCAUAUCUACCGUCUCCGCAUCCACCGUCUCCAAGGGUCCCGGGACGGAGGCGGCGCCACAGACGCAGCCGCCUUCGCAGGCGCACGCCGCACCAAUCAUCUGCAUGGUAUAUAUCGGGCAGCCUACCAAUCCGCAAUUCCUGCGCGACCCGGCUCGCCGCGAACCGCAGGAUGUCGCGGAGGUGAUUAGCUGCGGGCGGGGUCAGAGCGGGAAGAACACCGAGUAUCUGUACCUGCUUGAGAAAGCGUUGGAGGGGCUAGGGCUCGGCAGUGCCGAUAUGCAUGUCACUGAUCUGGUGCGACGCGUCAAGGCGAUCGAGAAUACUGAGGAAUCGACAGCCGAAGAGGCGGCUGCGGAAAGAGAUGUGAAGCAAUCCCUCGAAGCGUCUUGGGCGGAGGCGCAUAGGCAGCCCUCGAAGAUCGAAUAG